AUGGCAGCGCAAGCGGCGUUGAUCGCCGAUACCAUCACCGGCAUGAAGCGGGCCUUGCGUAGAGAGCGCGACGAUAAUGGCCCGGACGACCCCAUUAUGGCGCCGACAAACCGCGGAAACAAAAUGCAUGCUAACGCUAAAUAUGUGAGCGAGGGUGCACUGGGCUACAUCAACGCUGAGGGUUACUACAAGCAGAAAAUCGAGCAUGCUGGUUAUACACGCUAUAUCCUUCAGCCGAACCCGGUUCGCUAUGAUUCAGAGGGAGAUGAGCUUGAUGAGGACGAUGAAGAUUCUGAGGCUGAUGCUGCGGCCGCUGAAGAGAACCCGUUCUCUGGGAUUGCGCUUGAGACUCUUCUGUGUCCCCUAAAGCAUCCUUCCGAACUCGCCGCCCAUCCUUCCAUGUCCCAAGCAUACACGUCACAAGCGCUGGAGAACAUGACAGCGGCAGUUGAACAUAAGCUCCGCCAGGAACGAGCUUUGCUCUGGCGCGCCAGGAGCUUGCAUAGGCAAUUCCUCGGUGAUAGCAGUUGGAUGCCAUGCGGUGUGCUCGAGACGCCUAAUGAUCACUUGAUCUUCGACCCCAAACUUGCUAGUAAUGAACCGAGCGUAUAUGCCGGCCAACAGGGUACAAGUGCGACUGGCACUCCGUCCACUACUAGGGAUCUCAAUGCCCAGCAGGACGCAGCACAAAAGAUACCUAGAUCAAUAGCCACUCAGGAUCAUCAGUCGGUACUGAACGGGACAAAAGCCCAGGCCAGUUCAACACCAAAUGAUGUGGAAAUGGCUGAGGUUCCAGCAGAGCGCGAACCCAUCAAGAACGGCCUGCAGCUUAAAUCAGAAGAGACUGAUGCCACCGUCAAAGACCUCCCACCUCACCCUAACACUUCCAUCUCCGCCCAGGAGAGCAACAACAACGCAACCGGGAUGAGCACAAACUCACCCCCCAACGGGGCAGAAGACAUGGACACAACAAAAGAUGCUGAUCCCGUCGACACAACCGAACUUAAUGACGAUACAGAACAAGACCACGAAAUGCAUGACGGCUCCUCACCAGAACCACCACGGCGAAUGACGACGCGCGCGCAAGCUAACGCAGUCAACCCUGAAAAUGAAAAUGGCUCCCCAUUCUCCUCCGAUACAGGAUUCCAACUCCCAACCCCGCACCCCCUCUUCCUCGUCCCGGACAACAUCCGCCCCGAUCCGAACUUCGGUCUCCCCGCCGCUGAAGCCGAGGAAACCCGUCGUUUGCUCUGGUCCUACAUCCAGAAACAGGAAGAGACGGUGCGCGGGGUCGAGCACAUGCUCGAUUCGCUGAACAGAUCUUGCCGCAUGAAAGCCGAUGUUCUGGAGUGGUGCAAGGCCGAGGGACAUGUUGGCGAGAUGAGUGAUGGCGAGGACUGGUAUGACCGUGAACAGUGGGGUCUUGCUGAAGGGGAGGAUUUGAAGAAGGGGACUGAUGAGGAUGAGGUUGAGACUGUUGAUGAGAGUCGGACGCAGGGGAAGAGGGGGAGAGGAAGGCGGCAGUGA